UCUCUCUCUCUUCACUCAAAUUUCUUUUUCUUUUCAUUUCUUCUUCACUCUCAAAAACUCAUUCCCUCCAUUCCCUUUUCUCACAAAAAAAAUAAAAAAAAUAAAAAAAUACGCAGGCAAUUUUCGUCACUCAAAACCCUCAAGAUUCUUGACCACAUUAUCACGCUCUUCUACUCUCCAAGGUUUCAAUUGUUUGCAUGAUCCAUCAAUCUUCAAAAUUAACAACCUCAGUUUCUGUCCUCGGUUUUCGUGUAAUAAUUGAAACAUUGUUGGUUAGGGUAAAUUAACUAUUGUCUGAUCAACAAUGGCACCCAAUCCCAAAGUUGUAGCUGCUUUCCGUGCAAUGUCGUGCCUUGGGAUUGAGGAACACAAAGUCAAACCUGUGUUGAAGAAACUGCUUAAAUUGUAUGAUAAAAACUGGGAGCUUAUUGAAGAAGAGAAUUAUCGGGCUCUUGCUGAUGCUAUUUUCGACGAAGAUGAUAAUCAGGCGUUGGAGCCCGAGCAGGAAAAGAAAAACAAGGUAGGGGAGGUGGAUGAGGAAGCUCAUCCAGAAGAGCGAGUGCGGCCUUUGAAGAGGCUGAAAUUAAGAGGCCAAGACGGGCGCCUUCUGAAUAGCGGUGGCUCAAGUACAGCUGCCUUUGCAUUGAAAACACCGAAACCAGAACCUGGUACAGUACCCGAAAGUAGUUCCAGACUGCUAUCCAAUGGAAAUGCCGUUGUUGACAAGGGAAAGAAGCCUUUAUCACCUGAAGAACCUCUAAGAGGGAGAAGAUCUAUAUCUGACAGAGCUCAACCAGCAGUCACGUUUAGAGAACCGGCUGUUGAACAAGGAGCCUCUUCGUUGUCAAAAAGCAAAACGCCUCAUGCUUACCCUUUUAUCACCCCCAAGGAUGAGCCUGUUGAUGAAGUGGAAGAUGAUUACACGAUUCCACUUUCAGUGAUUCUUCCUGAACCAUCAAGUGUUCCAGACUCUUCAACGAAGAAUGACACAGCCGGAGAUCAAGAUGGCAACAACACUGUGGCAUCACCAUACAGAAACGAAAAUGUUGAAGGCGAAGAUAUUUUUCCUUCCUCAUAUGAAGAAGUGCCUUUUAAUGCCGAGCUAGCCUCAUCGUCUACGGGAGAGGAAGCAUCUGUAAAGAUAAUGCCAAUAGUUGUCCUUUCAAAAGAAUCUGAGGCAAAUGGCACACUAAUUGACGGAGGAAAUAAAUAUUCUUCUGCUGCAAAUGGAUCAAUCUCUGUCAAGUCUUCUCCUGCCUCGGUCGCACCUCGAGUUCUCGUUUCUCCACCCUGCCCAAGUGGUCCAGAUGAUGCUGUACUAGUUACCAAGGAUGUAAUGAAUGAUUUAUCGGAAAAUGGCGGUGGGAAGGAGUCAGGGGAACCUAUGCCUCAAAAUUCCUGCAAUGUAAUGAAUGCUCCAAACCAUCAUACAAUUGAUGAUACAAGGGCUGUUUGUGCUACCAAUGACCUAACAAAGGGAGAAGAAAAGGUGAAAAUUUCAUGGGUGAAUGAUUCUAAUAAUGAUAUCCCACCUCCGUUCCACUACAUACCCCGAAACUUGGUGUUCCGAGAUGCAUAUGUUAAUAUGUCUCUAUCUCGUAUUGGGAGUGAAGAUUGUUGUUCUACCUGUAUGGGCAAUUGUGUGUUAUCAUCUAAACCAUGUUCUUGUGCAAAUAAAACUGGAGGGGAUUUUGCCUACACUGCACAAGGUGUACUAAAGGAAGCGUUCUUGGAAGAGUGUAUUGCCAUCAGCCGUGAUCCACAAAAUCAUUCCUAUUGCACAGAAUGCCCACUUGAAAUAUCAAAGAAUGAUGGUUGUUUAGAACCAUGUAAAGGACACUUGAAGCGGAAGUUUAUUAAAGAGUGCUGGAGCAAAUGUGGCUGUGGGAAAUAUUGUGGCAAUCGGAUUGUCCAACGUGGAAUAACUUGCAACUUGCAGGUGUUUUUAACUUCAAACGGAAAAGGGUGGGGUCUUCGUACCUUAGAGGAUCUUCCAAAAGGUGCAUUUGUAUGCGAGUUUGUUGGAGAAAUUUUAACCGUCGAAGAGUUGCAUGAGAGGAACUUGAAAUAUCCCAAAAAUGGGAAACAUACGUUCCCAAUUUUAUUGGAAGCAGAAUGGGACUCGGGAGUUGUAAAGGAUAACCAAGCUCUUUGCUUAUACGCGGCAUCAUAUGGAAAUGCUGCUAGGUUUAUCAAUCACAGAUGUUUAGAUGCAAACUUGAUUGAGAUCCCGGUUGAAGUCGAGGGUCCAUCUCAUCACUAUUAUCAUUUUGCCUUCUUCACAUCCAGAAAAAUUGCAGCACAGGAAGAGUUGACCUGGGAUUAUGGUAUCGAUUUUGAUGACGAUGAUCAGUCUGUGGAGCUGUUUCGGUGCAAAUGCGGCAGUAAAUUCUGCAGGAAUAUGAAGCGCUCAAAUAGAAGCAUUAGAUCGUCAGUUACUGGGUGAUAGAUAGGCAUUCUUUGCCAAACUAAUUUGCUGUCAGAGAUCCAUGUUGCUGAUUAGUAAUGACCAACAAGGCCCAGGCUACUGAAUCAGCCUCUUCUGUUUUAUUUUUUAUUUUUUUUGUUGUUCUGUCAGGUUGGAUAGUAUUUCUACAGCCAUCCGAAAACUAUGGACUCUAUUUUUCCAUCCCUGUCGCUAUUAAAAAAUUGCACAUGUUUCUGGAAGUGUAGUUUCCGGACAACAUAAAUGGUCUAGAAGUGUACUUCCAGACAGCACAAAGUUGGUGUUUUUUCGGAUACGUGCAUCCAAACUCAUGUUGUGAGUUGGAGAAAGUGUUUCCAAAAAACUAUUAGGCAUUCAUGGCCCAAAAGUGAAAAUAACCUUUGGGCACUAGCAAAUCUGAAUCUUUGAUGUUUUAGUGCAUCAUUCAUGUCAAAAUUUAUUCUCUGCUGAAUGCACGAGACUGUUGACAAAGAAAACUUUAUGGUAUUUUUUGGUUGAUAUAUGAAAAUGUGAAAUGUCCAUUUUGCUAUGA